UCCUCUUCUUACCCUGCACCAAGAGCCUAGUUGGUGAGGACAAGAGCAGGAGGCACCAUGAGUGGGGGCCCGGUGGGAGGCAGGCCCGGGGGCCGUGGAGGUCCAGGGACUCAGCAGAACACACCCUCCACCCUCCUUCAGGACCAUGAGAACCAGCGACUCUUCGAGAUGCUUGGACGGAAAUGCUUCACACUGGCCACUGCAGUUGUUCAACUAUAUCUGGCACUGCCCCCUGGAGCUGAACACUGGACCAAGGAACAUUGUGGGGCUGUGUGUUUCGUGAAGGAUAACCCCCAGAAGUCCUACUUCAUCCGACUCUACAGCCUCCAGGCUGGCCGGAUGCUCUGGGAACAGGAGUUGUACUCACAGCUGAUCUACUCCACUCCCACACCCUUUUUCCACACCUUCGCUGGAGAUAACUGCCAAGCAGGACUGAACUUUGCAGAUAAGGAGGAGGCCUAUGUCUUCCGGACCCUGGUGCAGGAGAAGAUACAAAAAAGACAGAGGCAAUGUGGAGACAGGCGCCAGCUACUUCCACCACCAGCACCAGCUAAUGAGGAGAGGAGAGGGGGGCUCCCACCCCUGCCCCCACACCCGGGUGGAGACCUAGGGGGACCACCAGCUGUCCCGCUGUCCCUGGGACUGGUGACAGUAGACAUCCAGAAUCCAGACAUCACAAGUUCACGGUACCGUGGGCUCCCAGCACCAGGACCUGGCCCGGUUGACAAGAAACGUUCAGGGAAAAAGAAGAUCAGCAAGGCUGAUAUUGGUGCACCUAGUGGAUUCAAACAUGUCAGCCACGUGGGGUGGGAUCCCCAAAAUGGAUUUGACGUGAACAAACUGGAUCCGGAUCUCCGGAGCCUCUUCUCCAGGGCAGGAAUCAGUGAGGCCCAGCUCACUGAUGCUGAGACCUCUAAACUUAUCUAUGACUUCAUUGAGGACCAGGGUGGGCUGGAGGCUGUGCGACAGGAGAUGAGACGCCAAGAGCCACUUCCACCACCACCGCCCCCAUCCCGAGGAGGAACCCAACCCCCCCGGCCCCCGACUAUGGGGGGUAACAAGGGUCGUUCUGGUCCACUGCCCCCUGUACCUUUGGGGAGUACUCCGCCUCCACCAACACUCCGGGUACCCCCACCCCUAGUCAGAGGGGGCCCUCCACCACCACCCCCUCCAGCUACUGGACGUUCUGGACCACCACCACCGCCACCCCCUGGAGGUGGGGGUCCGCCCGCUCCACCACCACCACCACUACCACCACCACCACCCGCCUUUGGGGAUGGACCAGUUGCUCCCCCACCCCCUCCUGUUGCGGGGUCUGGUGGGGUCCAGGCCCCUGGUGGGGGCCGGGGGGCACUUUUGGAUCAAAUCCGGCAGGGAAUUCAGCUAAACAAGACUCCUGGGACCCCAGAGAACUCAGCACUGCAGCCACCACCAAAGAGCUCAGAGGGGCUGGUGGGGGCCCUGAUGCACGUGAUGCAGAAAAGAAGCAGAGUCAUUCAUUCCUCAGAUGAAGGGGAGGACCAGGCUGGUGAUGAGGAUGAAGAUGAUGAGUGGGAUGAUUGA